UUAUGCUUUUCCUUGUUUUUAGCUGGAGAGAGUUUGUUUAAUAGAUGCAGAUUUCUCCAUAGGUUUAUGAUCAGUAUGGUGUUCCUUAAUCUUUUACUUCUAAUGAGGUUUCAUUCUCAAUUUAUUCUCUUCGCAGCAUUUCCAGCAUUGGUUUUGAAGAUUUGCAUUUUCUUUUUUUUAUGGAUGAGAGGAAGGGUAGCGACGAUACGCUUCAUUCAUUUUAGAACAAAUCAUAGUUAAGGGAGUAUGACUUCUAAAACUUGUGUGGUAUCUCUUUAUGACUAAAACAUUUCUUGUCCUAAUAGUGUCCUCAAAGUAAUGCCUGGUAGAAAACGAAGUAAGGUUGUGUCGUUUGAACCCCUAGAAUGAGGAUGAUAUUGUUGAGGGCAGUUGGUUGUUGGAAUGUGGGGGUAAAAAAAAGUGAAAUUUUGUUAUCUACCUAUUUGCUUGGAGUUGUCAUUCUGCAUUUGGGAUUUAUUGGAAUUGUUGGUUGGGACUUUAGCUGCUGAUGUUCGAUUGUUUAUUUGAGAAAAAUAUUCCAAGUCCUCUGUUUUGUUGAGGUAGUUAGCUCUAAUUCUUUUGACUUUAGAUCCCCCAUUGUUCUGUUAUCAACCACUUGUAUUCAUACUGUCCUGUCGAAUUUCCUUCCAUUGACAUCUGUAGAUACUAGAUUAGUGUCAACUACCAUGAAUACGAAAUAAAUUAUUUGACUACAAAACUGCUAAUGAUGUUUUACCGUCUGUAUGAUAUUUGUAUGAGGAGCAGUUUUUCUUUUUUUGCCCUUUCAUUUCCCUUUGCUUUUUUUUUUUUUCUUUUUAACGAAAGAAAAAGCUGACAAUAUGUCAGCAACACGUUAGAUGGUAGUAGGAGAAGCUGCUAAUGAUGCCCCCUUUGAAACCAACAUCCAAAUCCUGCGGAUUCUUAUAGAUUUGUUGAAACUUGGAUGGCGUUUUACUUACCACCCAACCACCGAAAAGAACAUGGACAUAUAUAUAUAUUGAAGGAGACUGCACACUUCCAGUGGUAUGAAACCCCACAAACAAAGCACCCACCCAUCAUGGCUUCCGUAUCUGAAGACCCUGCAGAACACGAUACCCGUACUAAAGGUUUAGCAGACAUGGAAGACGAAGAUCUUUUUGAGAUCAAUCUCGAGGCCGUGGACAGCAUCCCUCCACCGCAUUACUGGGAUAGCUAUUUCACAGCCACCGGAAAUGCACUCCUUGCCAAUUGCCUCCUGCCAAUCUCCGAUGUCUCCGUCGCUGUUCCAAUCGUGUCCAAAGAUGUUUCCCGCACUGUUUCGGCUGUAUCAAAAUUGUGUAGCUCAUUGUCGUUGGCAGGGACGGCUAACUUUGUCAUGAUCACGGAGCCGAUGCCCUUAGGUGAGCUUCUUAGGUUGCCGAUCAUGGGGGCUAGUUUUGGGGUACCCCGAAGGCAAAUGAAAGCCUAACAUAAUAACCGUAGCCAAUAGCCGUGUUGCCUUAACGCUAGCUAAUAUUACUGUUGCCAUUGUAAACGAAAUUCAUAUGUUCCACAAAACUCAAAAGGGAAUGUUUCUACUUCUAAUGCAUUUUGCUGUUUUUUCUUGAGUUAUUUUCC